AUGAGCCCCGUGGGAGCACGCCGCCGUCCGCCCGCGCCCGCUCCAUUGCCGCCGCCCUGCCUCCUCGGGCCCCUCCCCACUUGCCCCCUCGCACUUCCCCUCGCCCUCUCCGCCCUCUCCUCUCUCGCAGAGCCCAGAAAGCCUCGCCUCCAUCGGCCCAUCCCGGACAACCACCUCUGCACAUCGGCCGUCGGCCACAGGGAGACACCAGCGCUGUAUGAGCCGGGCAGCCACAUGCAGAUCCAGCGCGGGUUCGGACUCGGCUCCGCCCCGCCCCGAACCAGCUCCGACGCCUCAACCUUGGCUUCUGGCCACAACUCGCCGUCUUUCACCCCAAGGUCGACGAGAUCUCACUCCUCGCCAUCAGCGCCGCCACAGUCCACAGGCGUCAGCCCGGAGCUAGAGCUGCAUCUGCACGUCAAGGAGCUGGAGCUGCAUCUGCACUCCAAGGAGCAGCUGGUGGUCUAGUGCUGCCCAUCUACUGCCCAUUUCCUCUGGUACUGGAGUUGGAGUUUAGCGUACUGGACACUUUCAUAAAUUUCUA